AUGCUUCGCUAUAGCAAUGGGUUCUUAAGGAACCUAGGUGCUGGUGCGCGUUUAGGCAAGCGAUUUCAAAAUGAUACAUUAUCGAGCCUCGGCGCUUCACCACAUGUCGGAUUCAGCUUCACCAGAAGCACCUCGACUUUCGUUUCGCAACCACCGCCUCCGCGUGCUCAGUAUGAAGAAUCUUUCGAAUCCAUUGAUGACGCUCCAUCCAGAGUAAAACUGGCCCGAUAUACACCUAGAACAUCGCUUCGCAAUGCGCGGCUAGUGGAGUCGCAGGGCUAUAACCGCCAUCUAAGGGAAAAGGAAAGGAGAGAAGUUGCUGGAAAUAAAGAGGAAGUUGAAAUGCUCAUGGAACUUGCCAAGGGAAAAGGUUUUCCUGAUGGGGUCAACUUGUCUGUUGUUAACAGAGAAUUACACUGGUUGAACGAUCCGAAGGACUUUGGAAUUCGGAUUGGUUUACUUUUACAGGCACAAAAAGUUCCGUUAGCUGUUGCAAUGAUACGGCGAGCGGAGUCCAUGAAGAUGGAGACCUCCGCAGCAUGGAACCGGCUUCUCAGUUAUUGCUUUGAAAGAGGCGCGCCGCUAGCCGCUUUCCGGUUUUAUAAUGAUAUGAAGAAAAGGGCGCGGGCCCCGACAGCCCAUACAUACACUGUCAUGCUGAAGGGACUCUGUCGAAAGUCUCUUCAACCUGGUGUGAAACCCGUUGACCUUGCGUACAAGAUAUAUAGGCAAUUACUGGAUACCGACUCAGAUGUCACACCCAGCCACCAUCAUUAUCAUGCCAUGCUCGAAGUGUGUGGGACAUAUCACGACAUGGAUAUGUUAUGGACUGUCGUCGGGGAUCUUCCUGAGCUUGGUCCACAUAAGCCCACGGCACAAACAUAUACUUUAAUACUGCAAGCUAUUCUCGGUGCCCUCGAUAACAACAUUAGAGAUAUACCAGAGGAUCAGAUGGAGUUGAGAAAAGAAAAACGUGAAACUCUCAUUCUCGAUGCGAAGCGGAUAUGGGCAGAUGUCAUAAGCCAGUGGCGAAAGGGUGAGCUAGUUCUUGAUAAGGAACUGGUCGCAAAAAUGGCUUGGGUGCUCAUUGAUCCCAUGGAUGAGCUCAAUUCGUACAAUGUUCUUGCAUUGUUCAAACAAACAAUGGAUGUUCCUAUCCUUGUUCCUAAUCCCAAGGCUGCGCCCUUACAGGGCUCCGAACAAGGGAAAUGGGAGGCUGCCCUGCGUCUCAGCAAGAAACGAGAAGGAUUUGACCAGGAGUUCAAUUACACAUCCUGGAAAUCCCUAGAGUCUGAGCGUGAGAACAAUGAGAUGGAGGGGCUAGAAGACGAUAUGGUUGCGAAGGAAGAAGGCCAGGAUACAGAAAAUCUCGUGGAAGAUCUUGGAGAUGUCUUUGAUCCGGUGGAGGAAGUCAACAGCGAAGGCGGGCCUUCGUUUCUUAAGCCGGAUAACGCGCAUCUUCACAUUAUUUUGACGGUGUGUCGAAUCUUGACCAAAGGUACGGCUCCGGGGAGGGGCUACUGGAACCUUUUCACUCUGGACCAGAACGGUUACAACAUUGAACCGGAUCCGGGCAACUUUUAUGCGUACUUGCGACUUCUUCGGAUAUCUCGAUCCAGCCAGACUGCUCUCGAUGUAGUGCAUCAGCAAAUUGUUCCAACGGGCAAACUAGAUGGAAAGGCGCUUCAUAUAGCUAUGAGUUGUUGCCUUCGCGAUCGAACAAACCCCAAUGUGCUCGUCAUUGCGCAAAGUUUUCUGUCUGUCAUGCUAGAGCACCUUCCUUUGCCUGACCCUAAACCACUCACAAACUUCAUUGAGCUUGCAAACGUGCUGACUGAAAACCCGCAAUGGCUCCUUGUCCUCAGAGGAUUAGAGGAUAUUGACCCCAGUGCGACAAAUCUCACCAUCUUGGGCCGCAAUAUGAGGUGGGCACUUCAGAAGACGGUCAUUGAAAGCCUCGAGCCACAUGCCAACCGACUCUAUGAGUCCAUGGAGAGAGUGCUAGAUUCGCCAAUGAAAUAUUACUCGUCGGGGAGCAAUAAGUGUCCAGACGCUGUCAGCGGUCAUCUUGCACUUCAAUUCAUGGUCAAGUUCCGUGAGUUGCUGGACAGAGUGCUUGGGGUUCAAUAUGGCGAUGUAGUGACCAAGUCAGAUCGUGACCGAAUUCUACCGUUGGCGAUUAAACUGAGAAAGUUCUCGAACCCAGAGAUUGCUGAGAAGAUCGAACGCUCUGUUAUUAUUCGUCCCCUGAGCCAUCAUUACUCGUACGAUUGA